UCAUUUGACAUUUUGACAGAACGGACGCUUCUUAUUGUCACAAAAGUAAAAGUUGGCGGGUAGUUGAUUUUUCUUUUCAGCUUGAAAUAUUAGAAACAGCAGAGUUCUUUAUAAUAUCGUGGUGAUAACUAGAAUUAAACAUGAUUGAUCUGUUUAUGCCCUUCCGGGCAUUUUUGAAGUUUGAAAAUGUGUGUACGGAUAACAAUGUUUUUCGUAUGCACUAUAAAGUGACUGUGAUUAUGUUGCUUGUGUUCACGUUGUUGGUGACUUCGAAGCAGUUCUUUGGAGAGCCGAUCCACUGUAUGAGCGACAGCGAGAGGGACAGUGACAAGGACGCCAUCAACAGCUACUGCUGGAUCUACGGCACUUACACCCUGAGAAGCCGAUUCGUAGGUGUGGAGGGCAAGCACAUGGCCUACCCAGGCGUGGGCCCUAACAAGUCUGAGAAUGAUGAGCAAAUUAAGCACACUUACUACCAGUGGGUGUGCUUUGUGCUGCUUGGCCAGUCUGUCAUGUUCUACACUCCAAGGUACCUGUGGAAGAUCUGGGAGGGAGGGAGACUCAAGGCAUUGGCUUCUGACUUGAGUAGCCCUGUGGUGACCAAAGACUGGUCGGAAUUCCGACGUGGAGAGCUGGUCUCGUAUCUGAGCUACACCAACAUACACACACACAACAUGUAUGCCCUACGAUAUGCCUUCUGUGAGAUACUCAACCUUAUUAAUGUGGUUGGCCAAAUAUUCCUGCUGGACAUAUUCCUGGGUGGUGCAUUCCGUAACUAUGGCGCAGCUGUGGCGGCGUUCACACACACCCCGCGCGUGCCUGCCAACAUGAUCGACUUCGCAUCUGUCAACCCCAUGGAUCAAUUUUUCCCCAAACUUACCAAGUGUUGGCUCCGUAGCUACGGUCCAUCAGGCUCAUUGCAGAUCAAAGAUCGCCUCUGUGUUCUCCCUCUGAACAUAGUCAAUGAGAAGAUCUUUGUGAUUCUCUGGUUCUGGCUUAUAAUUUUGGCUUUUGUUUCCACUUUAUCGGUUCUGUUUCGCGUCCUGGUGCUUUCUCUUCGCCCUCUCCGCUCACUGAUGAUUGCAGGCCAACUGAGAUAUGUGAAGAAGAGUACGAUAUCGCGUAUUGUGAAGCGAUUUGGUUACGGCGACUGGUUCAUACUGUACUUGCUGGGCAAAAACAUGAACCCUAUUAUUUACAAGGACUUGAUUGUGGAACUUUCCAAAGAGUUGGAACAUAAAACUGUAAUGGUCUAAUCUGUAUUGUCUCAACAUAAAUGCUUGUUAACCACAACAUCUUGGGUUCUACUCAAAGAAACAUCUGUUCCCAAAAUUCUUCACUAAUAUGUGGUUAAUAUAAACACAAAAGUAGUUCAUUUGCUUAUUGAUAACCAAAACUGUUCAUAGUAUUGUAUAAGACUACAACUAAGAAAAAGUGCCUUCAUUGAUAUUAUUAAAAUUAAUGUCUAAUUAUUAUUUUCAUUCUAUUUGUUGUUAAUUUGUGAUUAAUGAAAAUAUUUAUAACUCUUUCUUGCAGAAAGAAGAUUCAUACUAAAGUAAUUAUAAUUUUAUUUUAUUUCUAAAAAUAUAUGAAGAAAAAUUUAAGUUUGAUUAUUUUUGCAUUAUUUUUGUU